UGUCAUUCGCAUGCACGUGUGUUUACAUUUUAAGUGGGCGGAAUUUCCUUUGCAAAUCAAAGAAAAUGGGAAAGCCACAGCGAAGGAAGAAGAUGCACUCGGGAGACACGCAUCUGAGGCGUCGCUGGAGGACUCGGAGUCGCAAGAAGGACUUGGACGAGAUUGAUGAAGAUCUGACCAAGAAGUCUGACCAGCUGCUCAACCAGGAGGUAGAUCUGGAGCAGGCGGGCUUUGCCCAGUUCUACUGCAUUCACUGCGCCAAGUACUUCAUUGACGACAACGCUCUGCAGUCACACUUCCGGACGAAGGUGCACAAGAGACGAAUGAAGGCCCUGGAAACGGAGCCCUAUUCAGUUGAGGAGGCCGAGAGGGCGGCUGGCCACGGAAGCUUCAAGGAAGCGAAGAAGCGGAAGAUGGAGACGCAAUUCCGGGAUCCAGAAGAUGAGAAUCGCUCAAAAGUGCGCGUUCUGGCGGCGACGGAGGACGAAAUGGAGACGAAAUGAGUGAGAAGGUCAGGUCAUGAUGAGUGGAUUUGCAUGAGUACAGAAUCACAUGGUGAAAAAGAGCGACACUGAAAUUACCUGAUAAAGCGUUGGCAAAUAAAUUAGCCAGAAAAAAGGCAAACAACGCCUAAAGCGCAUCCGUUAAAAAAUCAUUAUAAACCGAGAAAUAUAUUGUUUGCAGAGAAUUUGUGUUAAAAUAUACACAAAUUCGCUAAAUGAACA